UCCUGUGGUUAAUUCCUGGACCACUGUAAUGUUAAAGUAUAGAAUUUGUAAAAAAGACGUUUUUGCUAUCAUUAAUCACGAUUCUGUUAAUGGAGGCACUUAUGGCAGUAAUAACGUUGUGUAUCUCAACAAUAAUGACUAUAAAAAUAACGUCACCGUUACAUUACAAGGAUGUAACACACUUUGCUUUAUCUCCGUCAAAAUAGAUUUUGAUCAAACUAAAAUAUACAAUGAUCCAGAUAAUUAUUACUGCCUAUUUUCUAAUUAUACUUUUAGUCUUAACGUGGACAUGCAUGUUGAAUACACCGGAAUCAGCCCCAACAGCAAGCACCCCGCCCAUCCCUCAGUAACUUACGAAUAUUGCUUGAAAGGAAUAAAUAUAGAGACCGGUGCCCCAAUGAAUCCUAAACCGGAUCCUGGCAUUGCAUCAUGCAUCAGUCAUCUGAUGGAGCAAACUGCACCGGCCUUUUAUCCUGGCCCUUUCGGAAACUUUUUGAACAUCGAAGCAAAACGAUAUCUCGACUAUCCGGUUAAUAAUUCAAAUCCUAGUAUAGCAAGACUGGUUUUCGCGUCUAAGAAUUAUUUGACGUAUUUAUCCAUUUUCUACGAUGGAAUUAAAUAUUCCUUCGAAGAGUUGAAUCGUAUAUUACCUAAUAUGGUCGAUGAUUUAACUCCACAUGCCAAAACUGGACCCAAUAUCGUGCUCGUUAAUUUGUUAUUGGUCUUUUCAACUGUUAUUGGUGCCAUUAACUACUCACCAUUUAUCGUACCUCUCGGCACUAUCGCUGGAGAAUAUUUUGGUAUUUUUAUGCAAAGAAUUAUUUCAGGUGUUAUCAGUAUAGGGGCAACUAAUCUCGGAUCCAAAGGGAAUUCGGAAGCUCCCAUUAGGAAUUUAGGAGACCUUCAGAAUCAAGCAGAAAGUAACAUGUUAAAUUCUUUACAAUCCAUGGUAGAUGAUACCUUUAAUAAUGGA